AUGCCGGCUCGGAAACCGCCAAGGAACCCGACAUACGCCAAAGCUGCCGGACAAUUGCUACAAAGUGCAGAAUGCUAUGAAGCCCUACUUGAAGGCAUGUCUGCCAGUAAUGAUGAACGCAUCGUCGAGUCGACAGGGGAACAAGGAUACGGCAUCAUCGCAAUGAUAAGCAAAAAGAAGGGUGUGCUGAUGCGCCCAGUCGCGACCAUCUCAGAGCUGCAAUCGCAAGAUUGGGCUACUCCUGGCGAGUAUAUCGCUAACUUCCGCCAUGUGUAUGACAUAACCAGGCCGUCUCCUGAGGCGCGCAUCGACAUGCUCUCUGUAUCAGAGCACGCCGUCUACCCAUGCCUUGGGUUGCGAUGGUCCUCAGAAGCCAAAGGCAAGCUGGUGGAAGCAAACACCAGAUGCAAAGCGUGUGGCAACCCCUUAAAAGCCGAAAACUAUGUUCACUGUCGCCGCUGCGACAACGUGUUCCAUACUGAGUGUACUAGCGCCCGACAUGAUCAGCCCUUUAUCUUGGAAGAUGGCACAUUGUACGACGCGCUCCAAGAACCAGUGUUGUGCCCUACAUGCGAAGAUGAAACCGUGCUGUCCAAGAAGCUUCCACCCAAUGAACACUGCGACCUUUUCCUAUGCAUCGACAUUGGCUCCCACAAGCCAAAGGUUUCCGUGAGAUGGGAGUCCAGCACCGGCAACAAGACAGAAUUUGAAUCGCUGGAUGGGUUGCCCGUGCCUGCCGUCACGAUUACAGAUGGCCUAGUGCAAACGCAUGGCAAUUCAGCCGCAAUUCGACGCAUCCACGACCACUGCGACGAUACGACCUCCGUCUUUCGGCCAAUCAAGAAAAUCCUCUACAGCGACGAAGACAAUAGGAAGGCUGCUGACAGCGGCAAGCAGCUCUCCGAGCUCUUCCAGCCCUUUUUCGAAGAGAUCUUCAACACCCUUUACAACGCGCAUAAGCCUGCCUUAGUGAAAUGGGCAAUGCCUGCUACGCAAGGCUCCUCUCCAAUGCGAUUGACGCCGGCUAUUGCCCUUCCGUCGGGCCUCUCAAUGAAACGAAAAGAACCCGCUCUUACAGCGCUUUUCCAGCCGGCAAGAGGAUUUGUAGGACGGUUCAACGUAAAGGAUGCCGACAUCAAGAUAUCAGAAAUGCCCGAGUCAGAGAUGGCACUACUAGGGUCUGUUCACGACAACAUGCUAGACUUGGCCGAUUAUCAAUGGGUAGCCAUCUUCGACGCCGGUGGGUCAACAUGCGACUUCUCAUUGCAUCGCAUAUGCAGCGAUAGAGCGGACUACAAGUACGAACUCUUCGCAUCACAGUCCUGUAUUCACGGACGAACACAGGAGAUACAAUGCCUCAUCGAUAGCUUUAGUGACUUGGACGAUACAGACUGGGAUGGCCUUGAGGACUACGUCAAGCUUGCCAGGACAGAUCCCGUCAAUGCUGCGAAGUUGUAUCCGAAGAUCUUGCGAUUGGGAGACACUUGGAAGCACCAUCGUGACCAAAGCCGCGAGCUGCUGCGCGGUUGGCUGAAGGAAAUAUGCGCACAGAUAACUGCAAUAACCGGAAAAGAGCCACUGGCUAUACUGCAGACUGGCGGCGGUCUCUUGGAGACAGACAACGUCGAAACGUUCAAGGAAAUGCUGCGCGAUCAUCUGUUCCAUGGCCAGAUAACGGAAAACGCGUUUACGAACGCUAGCACGAGCAUUGCUCUCCGAGGUCUCCAGGCUCACCUGGGGAGCCUUUACUCCAAGAUGGACAGGUCACCAGUUGCAAUCUUGUUCCAGAGUGACGUAUCGCUCGACCCGGGCUCUGAGGAUUGCAUCUACAUUAUUCUAACAAACAAGGGCGAUCCUCUAGGGGCGCACAGUCUCAUACACCGCUCUCAAGUCCAGCAAGGCGAGGUCGUCGCGUGGGAUGUGUCUUGGUUUGAGAAUGGCAGCUUUGACGUACCUUAUUUCACUAUCCUAGGGGAAGUCAAAGACAGGACGGAGUACAAGGGUUUGAUGGCUACCGCCUCCAUCCCAAAGGACGAAGCCCGUGUGAUUGCGCGAGUCACGUUACCCAGACCCUCCAAUUGGGAGGACAGAUCCCUAAGCAGCAAGCGGAAAGUCUCGACAUGUACCGACCGAAGCUCGGACGACGCGCUCCAAGAGGCAGCAGUCGACGUCUUCGAGCAGGUCAACGGCCUGGAUACACAGUUGAUCGAUCGCUACACCUCCAUGAAGAAGCUUACCAUGCGUGAUGCCGACGCUGAUCCGCACAUGAACACGAUAGGCUGA